AGAAAUAAGUACUCCUUUUUAUAUACUUACCCUGACCCACCUCCACCUUUGAAGAUGGAUACCAUGAAGCAGUUAUUCUUACCUUCAACCUCAUCUAUUCCUACCCCUUUUAUACUACCUAGACUUUCACUUUCUGUUUCUUCAUAAUCAAUGAAGUUGAAAUUGGAUCAUGUGAAGUAGAGCCAUUUCAGUUGCAACAAGAAGAAACUUCUAAGGCAUGACGCCCUUCAUCAACUUCAUGAUUUUUGAUCUGCGCUCAAUAGAGCCGCAACCACAAGCAUUCCCGUAGGCUCUAUUCAGGUGCUUCUACCGAGCGACCUCGUCCAACAUCCCAGCACCAUUGACCAGCGCACCACAUCCUAGAAACCGCACCGUCAAGAAGAACAUUCAUCAUGCUCGACCUGCUCGCGCUUGGGGGCACGGCGGCCGCGGCCGGUGUCGCGGGCUUGGCCGGGUGCUUCAGCUACAACCACGGCAACUGGUGCACGGAGUCCGAGAACCGGCAGAACAUGCUCCACCAGUUGCAGAACAUGCGGGUGGCCACCGCGCAGAUGUACCGCGAAGAUCUCAAGGACAUGUUUGGCGCGGUCGACCAGAAGAUGGCGAAUUUAGUCCUGGUCGCGACCUUGCUGAUGGGCGUGGUGUUCAACCUGAUUCUGACCGACUACCAGGUAGACGUGCCCGUGUGGACGCUGUUGUGGCUGGGCAUACACGUUUGCAGCAGUCUGCUGUACCUCGCUUUGUGUCUCUACUUUGCGGUGUACGCGAGCAUCGCGGCGGUGGCCUCCAUGGUGCGCGUACUCACGCAGGAGGUCCGCAUCCCCGUCGCUACCGCAGACGACGUCAAGUACGCCUGCUCCUACGCCUCCGACUUCGAAGCACCGCGGAAUAUCCACGAGGCUCUGCGGGUACUCUUUCGUUUCGACGUCUACACUUCUCGUCGCCUUGAGUCAUCGUUUAUUUCUCUUUCAGUGCUUCUACUGCGCUAUAGUCGUCUACUGAACUGCAACCGUAGCUGAAGAUUGUAAACGCCACUGAGGCUACUUUUUCGUAUUUCUCGCUCUAUGAUGUAUGUUGCUCUUCGACUUUGCCGUGCACUUAUGCAGCCAAAGGACCACUUCACGUUUAGCGAUGAAAGCGUAGAAGUCAUCAUCAUACUGACCCAAAACUCCUCCCCCACCAGGUCCCUUUUCUGCAGCAGACGCAGAACCGGCGGCAGUACGGGGGCGAGGGCUGGCUGGAGCUGCUGGUGAACCGGAUGUUCGGCAAGGCGGACUGGGCGACGAAGGAGGACGGCGCCUACCGUACGUUCCUGAAGCUGAUUGGGUCCCACAGCGACAACCCCGACGUGAUCUACGACGAGGACGCAAAGUACGACCUGCACCCCAUCCGCCGCGCUUUUCUCGGGCCACACCACGGCAUUUCUCCAACCGAGCUUAACGAGACCGGCGGGGCCGCGCUCCUGCCCCACCCGUCGAUGGCGACACACGGCAACACCGCCAGCCAGGGCGGGGACAUGAAUUUAGGACUGAGUCACUUCGACCUGCGGAAAAAGUUCGACGAGUUCGGCGGACUGUGGAAAAGCAAGCGCGUCGGCGGGGGUCCCCGUCGCACUUCCUCUGCGGUUGUGCCACGAAGAACAAGAUCCGGGACGACCGCGCCGAAGCUAGUUCGCGGCGGGAGUGCGAUGUCGUUGGGGCCGCGUGGGUUUCGGAAUAAUUUUGAGAGCUCCACCGCAAGAACCUCCGCACGGCAGGUCUCGAAGACGGGCAUGAAGCAGCUACAAGGCAACGCGACUGCCUCGCGGGCCGUCCGAUUCAAGAAACAAUCCGGAUCCCUCGUCAGCGCCAACGAUUUCGGGCGUGACGAUCUGGACGCGGACUUCACAAACCCGGAGCAUAAGCAGGUGGCGCACUUUCGGAAGAAGGAGAUGCAAAGGCGCGAGACGCUCGAGCGCGUCCGCAUGCUGAAGACGGUCAGCAGCCAAAGCGGUGUCCCCCUGCCGGGCGCGGCUGGUUCAUCAUCUUUCAGGAAGCAUUCGCUUGAGCGUGCGGGAGUAGACCCCCGGCUGUCCGUGGCGUCCUCCGAGACCAGUUCGGCCAGCUCCUCCUCGCACUCCGACGACAGCAUGGACGAAGAGCAUAAGCAGAAAUUGCAGUGGGUGCACGCGCUGUUCGAAGUGGACGACCCGUACGUGUACGCACCGGACAUUUUGGCGCACUGGCGGCGCAUGACCAUCCACAUGUUGCGGCUGCACUUUCUUGCGAACGACUCGGCGGCGACCGGGUUUGGCGGGGGGCUGAACCAGGGAGGCGACGGGUACAAGCGGGUGCGGGUCCACAGCAAGAUCGAAACCCUGCUGCCCGAGUCCCACGUGAAAACCCCGGAUUUGACGGACUGCUUCCACUUCAAGCACUAUCACGAGUUCGAUCGCCGGUGGGGCGCGUUCCAAAAGCUCGCCCGGAUCUGUUUGGGGCUGGGCACGGUGGAGAUGUUCGGCGCGCUCUCCGCCUACAUUUUGGUGCAGCUCGUGCAGGCCCGGCGGCUGUUUUUCCCCGGCUUUUUGUUCAUUUUUCUCCUCACCACGAUCCAGAUCUGCCUGCAAAAGGUCGAGAUCGCGUGCGUCAGUUUGCUGAAGUUGGACCUGUUUCUGAUUGCGGAGCAGUUGAUCGCACUCAUAACGGUGCUACUCGUGGACGCGGAGAAGGAGUUUGAACGCAUCGCCCCGCUGAUCUUUCUGGUGCACAUUUUCUACCUGCGCGACCUGAUGCGGCUCACGCCCUUCCUCGGGUCGGGCCACUCGUACGAGCACUUUCGAAGCGCGAAGUUUGCCGAGUAUCUGAGCCGGAGUACGGCGGUGGUGGCCACGGAAAACGCGGCGUCCUCGAUGCAUUUUGACAAGGCCGAAGCGGAUGUGGCCGUGCACCACGCGCAGGAGGACUUCAAGCAACGGUUAUCGGAGGGAAAGGUCGGCGUCCAUGACAUUUCCCCCGCCGCCCGGAACGAGUUGCACGCGGUGGCGCAGAUCACCGACGCCGGUCAACGACAACAGCGGCAAAACAAGGCCUCCGUGAUGGUGGGGAGCACACUGAAGCAGCGGCUGCAGCGGGGCAUCUCCGAGUCCGCGUUGGAACGAGAUCUGAAGCGCGACCCGGCGCACGUCCACAGCGAGGAAACGUUGCGGAAGCAAGACAUGACGGAGACUCGGUUUUUGCAGCGGCAGAUAGAGAAAUUGGACGGAAAGCUUGGCGUGCAGGUGGACACCAUGUUGACCACGCAGUCUGGAGGCGGUGCUGGUGGUCCUCCUCCUCCGCAGAAGGGUCGCCAGGUGUUUCCGGGUGCGUACGCCUUGGAGGCCCGGCUGGACCGGUUACUCGCUCUGUUUGAACACGACUACGUCGUGUUCCAACUGGACGAUGUGAGAUUAGCUGCGGUGCGCCACGCGAGCAAGAGUGUCCGUCACUCGAAGCGCAAGUUGCGCCGCUUCUUUCCCGACGCCCUGCGUCCACCGAGCGCGGGCGUAGUGAUCCGAAACGUGUACGAGUUGGAGGACGUAGCUUCGGAAGACAGUUCCGACCUAGAAAGCUUACUGGACAGCAGAAUCGAAACAGAAACCGAGAGGAGUCCUGCAGGAGGAAAAACAACAAGCCCUCGUGAAGAUCCACCCAUGAAGAUGAAUCUUCAAGAAGGCACCCACCAAGCCAGCAACCCCGCCGGGAAUACUAGUACUACAACUAGCGGCUUUACAACUUCAACUGCCGUUGUACCUUUGCGCGAUAGCCCUAGCGUGGUUGCGUCCCUUGAGGCACUGAACCAGGGGUAUCAGACCUUGCAGCAGGAGGAGAGAACGCGACAGCGCGAACAAGUUCUUGGGGGUCCGCUGAUGACGCGGCCAGUUGUAACAGGAGUAGGUGGACCUCCCUCGUCGUCGCAGGCGCAGCCGACAACUCCGGUUGCACAACUAGACCGGCUGAGAACCGUUGCAAACAAGCUACCAGGAACUUCUUCUACGACUGCUCCCGGUCAACUACAGGGCAAGGCGAAGGAACGGCGGAAUAGCAAAAUGCCACACCAUAUUCCGGCAAAGCACAGCUGGGUGGAAUUGUACUACAUGGGGGUGCGCGGCUUGCAUCUCCCGUACUACGUCUCGCCCGUGUUGCUGCGCAACAGCUGGCUCCGGCCUGGCGACGUCCCCGACGAGACGCAGUAUCAUAUCCCAACCCUGCUGACACUGCAGGUGGACGCUCGCCUAUUCGAGCUGGAAGUAGUCAAGGCCGUUCGGCAACACGGCGGGGGCGCGGCAGGUGCACGGACUUCCGAAGAGUCCACUGCCAGCGGGGUGAGUCAUGGUUCAAAUAGCAAACCAGCAGCUCUAGUACUCCAACCUCCGAAUACAACUAGUAAAGGAAAUUUUCUGGCUUCCAUUGGAGGUAGCGGUAGCGCAAUCAACAUCACCAGGCGUCGCAGUCAAUCGUCCGUCACCGAGCACGUGCACGUGGACAUCGCUCCGAUUACGGUAACUCCGAGCUCGGACCGCGUGCUCCCCACCGCGCGCGACACCAUAGGCUCCGAUGGUACUGCACCUCCCGGAGAAGCUGGUGCUCCGCUAGGUAGUACUAUCACGGAAGGACUCGCCGUCGAUCCCCGGUAUUCUUCCUCCGUACCACCAGCGGAAGAUGAUGAAAGAACUGAAGCCGACCGUGAGAAGUCCACUAUUCCGGUCCGCUCCUCGCUGUCCCGCAUCCUCAAAACCUCAAUCGUUCAGAACGAAACAACAAUGAUAGAGCCAACAGAGGUGGCUAUGCCUAGUCAACAAGAAGUUGCUUUUCUUGCGACUGACGCGACGGACACGGGAGUUGUUGAAGAUGUCCCUCGUCACUCGUCACGCGAUGAAGUAGAAGUUCUUGGCCGCAACCAGCGGGCAACGAACGCGGAGAUCAUGACCACUUCUGCUUCUGGAGAAGACCGGGCUCGGAUUCUAGGGUCCAGUGUAGUUGCUGUGGAAAAGGAAAACACGGACCGAGAUACAGCGGUGAACGACAGCCAAUCAAACAGCAGCGUUGCAGACCUGACCACCAAAGUUCAUCAAAGGCUGAAGACCGAGCACGGCCUUGAUGGUGCAAACGGCCUGGUGCCCUUGGAGAGCGUUACCAUAGAGUUAACAGAGAAGAAAAGUGGCGCUUUAUUGCAGCAAUUUCCUUCAUCGUCUACGAGUGGACCCACCGCGUCGGAAGAUGCUCCAAAGGACAAUGACGUUAACGAAGAGGACGAGGGAACAACAGCAACCAACAUAGUGCCUACACUAAAAUCGCCAUCUUCUCCUGUGGUUAUGGAACUGCUGCAGCAGAGCGCGUCUUCAUCUUCACACUCGCGCCUCUCGUCAGGGAUAGAUACAAAUUUCAUUGAGCUACGCAGGCUCUCCGGAGUCGCAACGUUGUCUUCCCGAAGGCCCUCAACCCCACGCAUGAGUACGACGCCGGCUAGCACCUCCGAUAUUGAAGCAACUGCGUCCUCAUCGCAGGCCGUUGUUCCGAGUGCAUCAAGCUCGAGGACUGGUACUAUGAUAACUCCCACGACCAUCCGCAGCCCGCAGCUGCCGAAGAAAAGGUCAAAAGAGGUUCGUAUCAUCGACCUUGUCGGGCCUGCCGCGCAGAAGGUGUGUGGACCUUGUACCACCCCGCGAGAUCCUUAUGUGGUUGUUCCUACAACUUUAGACUCCGUGGCAGAGGAGGAAGUGGAAUUAAGUCCCGCAACAGAACAAGAACUACGCUCCACCAGCAAUAGUAAGUUGCCCGAUAAAAACAUACUACUUGAGGGUAGCCACCAGUACCGCGCUUUUCAGUGGUCCCCAAAGAAACGCCGGCGCUCUACGUCCACGGGAUCCUCGUCAAGUGGCGAGGAAGCCGGACAACUCGAGCUGGGUGCGCUAGGAACGUCGGCACAGGCCAAGAACGAAACGCCGCUGCCGGGCCGGCUGUUUCGCCUGGCCACCGUCGCCAUUUUCUGGGCCUGGACCCUGGCCUUCGUGUGGACCAUUGCGGUGUACACAAUUUCCUGGGAUGAGGAGAUGAAGGGAAAAGCAAUUGCGCGACGCCUGCAAGCUGCCGCGGAGCAAGAAGACGUCGACUUUUGCGGUACACCGGAGCCCUCGCUGGGAUGCAAAGUGCUACGGCGGCUGCUCAGCACCAGGCAGCGCGCUUCGCUGCAAAUCAAAAUCGACGUUUCGACUGAAGAUGCCCAAGAACUCGUGGGCGCUUAUAUUGACCACGAGGGAGGUGCGCCACUCGCCGCCAGUGAAGGCAACUACCGACGCCGGUUGAGCGACACCGAGCAGCAGGAGGACCUCAUGAUCGUCCCCCGAACAAGCAUAGAGGAAGACGAGCUCGUGGACAUCUACAAUGAGCGACCUGUUUUCGUCGAAGACCUCAGCGUCAGCCUAUGUGACUCACAGUUUCUUCUUGACCGCGCGGGUAAGAUUUCCAGUCUGGAAUCGAAUACCAAUACGGCAGGUGAUGGCACACAGCAUAUUGGCCCGAGCAAACAAUGUGGCGCCCGCGACGUCAAGCGGUUCCUCCGGUACCUGCGAGACGAGGUGGAUAUAUUUUCCGAUGGAAUUCUAACAAGUUUAGAAAUAGACCGCUACUUCGAAACGAAGGAGCGCGACGAGCACGAUGUAAACUCGGAAAAAGAUGAUCUCGACAGAAAAAUUAGCCGUGUCGUAGAUGGUGGGCUGCGUAAGCUGCAGAAUGAUAAAAUAAGUGGGAAAGAACCCAGUAAUGGCUGACUUUUUCGAUGGUCUCAGCGAGAGCGGAAAACAUGACUAAGAUUGCCAAAAGAUUAUGUAAGUGAGUAGAUUUAGAUGUUGAGAAAGUUAGUGUUAGCAGACGAUACAUGUACAAUCCUUUGGUGCAUUUCUUUGACGUGAUUCGAUUGGAGACAAAGUUGAU